AUGUCGAUUCAGUUGGGCCCAUGUGAAGAGAGAGUCAGUCUGAGUAUCAAUGUGCCUGCCUUAGUCAAAAUGGAACGUACCAGAACAUCUAUACUUUUGUAUUCACGCAGGAAACUUACACGAUCCAGUAAAUUUCUUGUCUUACCCACGUUAAAUCGUAGUUCUAAGGAGGAACGGGUGGACCUGGCAUAUCAAGUUUUAGGUGCCACCCAUUCGACGGGCGUUGCGGGAAGUUUUGCACUUUUGCCGCUAGCGCACAAAGUCCUUGCUCGGGUCACAAAAAUUAUCGAUCAGGAGCUUUCUGCCAUUGGCGCUCAAAAGGUGAGCCUGCCGUUGUUAUGUUCGGCAAAAUCAUGGAGGAUAACCGGCCGAUGGGACAGCUAUGGUCCCGUGCUCUUCCGACUUAAAGAUCGCUCUAAUGCAGCACUUUGUCUCGGACCGACGCACGAAGAAACAAUUACACAAUGUAUAGCAGAAAUCGGAGCUUCUAAUAUCACCCCGAAAUUGCCUCUCAAACUAUACCAAAUUGGCUGCAAAUUCCGGGAUGAACCUCGCCCGAAACAGAGCAUGUUGCGAGCUCGUGAAUUUUUCAUGAAGGAUAUGUAUUCAUUCCACGCAACCAAGUCAGACUGCCGGACCACCUACAAUGAAGUGACUGAAACGUAUCAUAAAAUAUUCCAUCGAAUCGGCCUGCCUUUUGUCAGAGCAUCCGCCAUUUCUGGGGAUAUGGGUGGUUCACAUUCGCAUGAGUAUCAUUACGAACUAGCGGUGGGAGAGGACCGCGUGUUGGAGUGCCAACAAUGUUGCGCAUACUUCAACCUAGAGGUUGUCGCAGAUGGUGAAAACACGGCUGACAAUAACAAUCAUAAAAAGUACAGCUGUCCUCGUUGCCGAGGGGUUUUGGGACCAGAGAAAAAUUGCGUUGAAGUGGGUCACACAUUUGUGUUGGGAGAUUUUUACUCGAAGAAGCUCGGCGCUACCUGCAUCGUUGAUGGAAAACAGGUGCCUUUAGAGAUGGGGUGCUACGGAAUCGGAGUCUCACGAAUUGUGUCAGCAGCAGCUGCCCAGUUGACGAAAGGAGCGUCACUAGCGUUGCCAAUCUCGAUAGCUCCGUUUACCGUAGCCGUGAUAGGUCCCAAACCAGGAGCCGUUGACUCCGAUCAGGAGACUGCUCUAACUGAAGAACUGGCGAGAAAACUGGACCUGAUUCUACCUGGAUCCCGUGUAAUUCUCGAUGAUCGGCCUUGGACGAUAGGCAGGCGACUGAAGGAACAGCAGCAUUCUGGAACGGCGUUUGCUGUCGUUAUAGGCAAGGGCUUGAAAUUAGAAUUACACCAGUUUGCAUCUGAGACGCCAUCCGGAAAAGGCGCGGGGUCCAGCGAUCGACUAAGGGGUAGCCAAACUGAGCCGUAUAUUUUGACAGAAAAAUCGGCGGUAUACGACUUUUUCGAUAAGCUUCGCCAGCGGCUGCAGCUCAUUUAGGAGUUACUAUAUACUUUCUAGGAACAUUUGUAAAAGGGAAUUUUGUUUUUUCAAUUUUAGUUUUAAUAAUUUUAUAUAGAAAUAUACAAUAAACUUGCUAAAGGGUACACUUGUUGGAGAAAAUUGUUGACCUUUUAGAUUUGAGAUUUUUAGUAGACACUCUCCUUUACGAAAUGAAAUAACUAAUAAUAUAGAGAUUCUAAAUGACAAAAAACGUUCACUACGAAUGUAUAAUGCAUAUACCAUUUGAUGGAUGUAAACAAUGGGCUUUUAUUUGUGGUUCCUAUAAUAUCAAAUAGCUAGUAAAAUACGGAGUAUUUGAUCGGAGACGACCGUCACAUAACAACUUUAGAAUUCGAAGAAGAAACAGAAACGCUCUUUUACUCAUCGUAGGCUGGUUGGAACUACGUAUAGUCAUAAACGCGAAGAUCAAAGGAGGUCGAAAGACGAAGCUUCUCAAUGCCUCACUGUCGAUAGGCUUUGUUUGAUCUCUCUUCAAAUAUAGUUCCAUUUAUCAUAGAGAAACCUUUUUAAAUAAGUGAUAGUGAGGCCAUUAUAAUGGCCAUAUAUGAUGGCCUGACAUAUGAAAUGAUAGAAUACAUCAGUCCUAAAACAUAUUCGUAAUAAAAUAAGAGAUCUUCCAACCAGAGUAAUUCCGAUACAGAGAAUGCCCGACGCUAUAAUAUCAAGAUGUCAAAGGCGGCUCUCGCGUUCGCUAGCAUAGCCACUAUCUUUAGCCCCUACACUAGAAACAAAUGUUAUCUAACAUUUUUUGAACAAAUUUGAAAGUUUCUACUAAGGUCAGCAUAUAAAUGAACACACAGUCAUGUUUUUUAAAGAAAAGCAAUAACAGCUUAUAGUUAUUUCUCAUCACCGCCAUUCUUUUUCAUGGUCACUAGUUCCGACUGUCUAUUUACUGAUCUGUAUCUGUAUCUUCAUUCUUGUAAUAUCUACAUUAUUUCCGUAGCGCUCACAGCGCUCUCCGCAGCUGCGGCAGGGCCGCACCGAGGGCUAGAGCUGCAUUUAUGCCAUUUUUCAUCUUUUACAUUUCUUGUUGCUCUUUAAACUGUCCCGGACCAACGAUCGAUCAUCGUCUCGGUUACCGCACACGACAUCGUAACACAGACGUAGUUCGUUGAAGUUCUUUUCUGCAUUCAUUAGCUCCUUUGUUCCUUCCACGUUUGCCCUAGGUUCGUCUCCCUACUUAUAUGUAUCUAGAUUUUUAUGUCGGGACUAAUUUACGUGGUGCCAUUUUACGCGCACUCCAUAAAUAUUGUUGUUACGGGAAUAUAUUACUUCGUAUUUACAACAAAUCGCUUUGUGUCUUAUGUUUUUGUAUUCCACAAUUUUGAUAGCAAUGGCUUUCUUGAUUUACUAUAAAAAUCUAUCGGCUAGAAGUCAAUCGUCAAUAAUGCAGUCUCCUUCCUCUACCUUGAAGUCGGCAAAGCUGGCUUAUAGAUCACUUAUGUUUGCCUUUAUUUGCUGAUUCACUUUUGGGAUUUGUUUUGUCUGUUACGAUGCAUUAGUUCUGUCGUACUUAUUAUCACGGUAAGCAACAUUACGGCUAAUUAAGUAAACGUAAGGAUUGUAACUAAUUCUACACGGGUUUUGGACAGGAUUACCCUAAUGGGAUUACCCCAAGCCCCGGUGAGCAUACAAGUUAUUUGUGAAUACGCAUUUUGUGUUGCCUAUGUCCGAAUAAGUUUGAACUUUAAUUAACUGAAAGACAUUGUUUUUAGAUUAUUGAAUGACAUACACAUAAGGAAUACAUUAGCGUUCAGGUAGCGAACAGAUGAUACAGAUUUUAUGGGCGAAAAACGGGGUAAUUUCCAUAAUAUAAGUUAGUACAUAGUUCCAUUAGUUUUUACUAAUGUGCUCUAAAUGCACCGUUCUUCGCGUUGAUUAAGUCACUUCUCACGUAUAUAAUUUAACGAAUAAUUUGAUUAACGAAUUUUUUCUCCAUUUCUUACUCAAACGCCUGAUAGGAAGGAUCUUUUGGACUUCCCGUUCAAAGAGCUGGGUAAAGCCUAUUAUUUUUCCUGUUCCGUUUGUAUUAAUGAGAAGUCAGCGUCGUUUAUUAUGCGUCAGCGUGCAUAAGAUCCUUGUGUGCAAAGCGUACCAAACAAUACUCAAUACCUGUUAAAAAAAUAAUCCAUCCAAUAAACGGCGUAGACUCGCCUCUUUUUAAUUUCCAUGUGUGUUUUCAGCAAGUUAAUUUUAUUCCCUUUUGUUAUGUUAGUUGACUAGAUGACUGGAAUUCUGCAUGGUGUCAUCGUGCCAAGCAUUUUCUCACCGAGGUCGUUGUUCCGUCCGAAAUUAAGCCACUCCUUUUCCACUCAUCGGCGUUAACUACUAUCCUCAUUAUCAUUAUUACUGGUAUGGCUAUUACUCGGCUAUUAAUCACAUUAAGUGUUACCGUCUGUUCUCCCGUCGCUCCACAGUACUAUCAUCGAUAUUAUUGCUAGUAUAGUGAAUCGUUCUAUGCAAUAUCACUUUAGCUUUCAGUAAAACAGGUAAAAUCGAAGACUAACAAAAGCAUGUCGGCCUACGAAUAGUAGGACCCCAUUAAAGCAACUCACUGUCAUACGAUGAAAAAGGGAGAGAGGUGGCAUAUCUUAAAAAGUAAUGACUAAGGGGUAAGUUAAACUACUUUUCCUGCGCUGACUGUCGCCGUCGAUAGUCUUCUAUAAAAUUCUACCAUAUGGUAUUACCAGCCGCCUUUUAUUAGACUUCCGCUGAAAACGAAUAGAUCGCUCCUUUAUUUUAAAAGUAUCACUCGCUCAUUUGCUGCCGAUACGCAACAAUGAACUCCAGUUAACAGCGCUCAGCCUCUCUCCCGGCAUUCGUAACGGUAUCGUGGCGACGUCAUUAUUAUGGUAUACUCUCCGCCCAGACAAAAUACGUGCAAUGAUGUGUACAAUACACAGAAUCUUGUGAACUUUGCGGGUCAAAACGAUAAGAACGUAUUAACUUUUGUUAUGUUUUCUCUGUGCCUUCUGUAAAUUAUGGCUUGUUUAU